CGGUGCGGGGCUGGCCGCGGCGCGGGUCCAUGCGCGGGCAGCGGAGAAGAGCGCCCCGCGGAGCGCCGCCGCGCCUCGCCGCCCCCGCCCCGGGGAGCCCCGCGGCGGGCCGGGGGCCGCCGGCCGGGGAGCUGUCGUGUCGCCGUGACGGCUCUUACAGGACCGGACUCGCCCGCUCUCCUGUCGCCGCCGCCGCGUCCCCCCGGGCGGCGGGGGCUCCGAGGCUCGCCGCGCCGCCCGAGCUCUAGUCGAACGACGCCUGCCCCGGCUCGGCUCCCCGGCCGGCAGCCCUGACCCCCGGAGCCGCGGGGCUGCUCCGCGUCCGCGGAGAGGGCGCUGCGCGGACCCUCCUACACGUACCGACACCUACAGACACACGCACACCUUCUCCUAUCGACCCCCCAGGCGCGCACGUAGACUUUGGCGUCCUUUUGCCGAUGAACUGCAUGAAGGACCCGUUAAGCCUGGAGCGCCUGGGAGCCGCGAAUAAGCUGUGCUCCUCCUCACCUUCCUCCUCCUCCUCUUCAUCAUCCUGCCAUCACCACCAGCCCGCGCUGGCCAUGGCGACGGCGCUGGCGCCGGGGCAGGCGCGCUCCUCCCUGGAGUCCGCCAAGCACCGGCUGGAGGUGCACACCAUCUCCGACACCUCCAGCCCAGAGGCCGCAGAGAAGGACAAGAGCCAGCAAAGCAAGAAUGAGGAUGCGGGGCCCGAGGACCCCUCCAAGAAGAAGAGGCAGCGGCGUCAGCGGACUCACUUCACCAGCCAGCAGUUGCAGGAGCUGGAGGCCACCUUCCAGCGGAAUCGCUACCCGGACAUGUCCACCCGGGAGGAGAUCGCCGUCUGGACCAACCUCACCGAGGCCAGGGUUAGGGUUUGGUUCAAGAACCGCAGAGCCAAAUGGAGAAAGAGAGAAAGGAACCAGCAAGCCGAGCUUUGCAAAAACGGCUUCGGUCCGCAGUUUAAUGGCCUCAUGCAGCCCUACGAUGACAUGUACCCCGGCUACUCGUACAACAACUGGGCAGCCAAGGGCCUGACCUCGGCUUCCCUCUCCACCAAAAGCUUUCCUUUUUUCAACUCCAUGAAUGUCAACCCUCUGUCUUCUCAGAGCAUGUUCUCCCCUCCAAACUCCAUAUCCUCCAUGAGUAUGUCUUCAAGCAUGGUACCUUCUGCAGUCACCGGGGUGCCCGGCUCCAGCCUCAACAGCCUGAAUAACUUGAACAACUUGAGCAAUCCCUCCCUGAAUUCUGCAGUGCCAACGCCAGCCUGUCCUUAUGCUCCUCCAACACCUCCGUAUGUUUAUAGGGACACAUGUAACUCGAGCUUGGCGAGUCUGAGACUUAAAGCCAAGCAGCACUCCAGUUUUGGCUAUGCCAGUGUGCAGAAUCCUGCUUCCAACCUGAGUGCUUGCCAGUACGCGGUGGACAGACCCGUGUGAAGCAUCCAAGUAGAAAACCGGGUGGGAAUCCCUCCCCAUUUCCCGCAGAGACUGAGAAAUUCACUAGAAAGUAAUGCGCACUAGAGAGAAAAAGAAAGGAGGAAAAAUCAGAGGCAGAGAGGAAGAGAGAAAGAGAAAGAGAGAAAGGAGAAAAACAAAAAAGAGGAAACCACUGAAAUAAGAUAGUUCCUUUGUUUUCAAAGGACCUCCUACAGAUUCUGAGAUCUUUCUUUCACUAAGAGUAUUUCAACAGUUACAAGGACAUAUAUAUAUAUAUGGACAAAUGUUUGACUGGAUAUGAUAUGACAUUUUAAUGUUACUAUAAGCUUGUUAUUUUUUAAGUUUAGCAUUGUUAACAUAAAAUGACUGAAAGGAUGUAUAUAUAUCGAAAUGUCAAAUUAAUUUUAUAAAAGCAGUUGUUAGUAAUAUCACAACAGUGUUUUUAAAACGUUAGGCUUUAAAAUAAAGCAUGUUACUCAGAAGCGAUUAGGAUUUUUCGCUUGCGAUAAGGGGAUGUGUAAACUAAAUGCAACACUGUAUGUUUCUAACAUAUAAUUAUUAAAAAUAUUGUGUGAAUAUCAGUUUUAGAAUAGUACCUCUGGUGGAUGCAAUGAUGUUUCUGAUAUUGCAAUGUAAAACAUGCCCUGUGUAUAACAUUUCGUACAAUAUUAUUGUUUUACUUUUCAGCAAACAUGAAAAAAUGUGUUUUAUUUCAUUGGAGUAAAAUAUACAGCAUACAAUUUUGUCUGGAUUUUUUAUUUACUGAGCCAAGCUGCGCAGCAGCAACUAGUCUGCAAUGAUUGACUGAUAGCUGACACUGGAUCUUGUUCUCUGGUAACUCGGGGUAGUACUUUUGCAAUGCAACUAAAUACUGGCACGCUUUUUUUCCGCAUUAAAAAAAAAAAAAAAAAAUCCCUCACGCUAAAGUUGCAUACUCGAGAAACAUGAAUUGUACCCCUUGGGUCCUUUUAUUUCCCCACACAGCCCCGAGAAAAUGGAUUAUUUGACAUCGCUGGACUCGAGAACUGCCAGCCACAAAGUUGCUGUAUCUCGAGCACAAAUUUGUCCUUCUGCGAAGGAAGCUUUUAUUGCAUUAAAGAAAGGGAGGGAAAAAAAAAAAAAAAAAAAAAAAAAAGGAGGUAUGGGGGAUAUUAAAAAAAACAGCUUGCAAAUAAACUGCUCCUGUUCAAAAUAAUCUGUCCCCUUUGCCGCUCCCUGUGCCCUGCUUCUCUCCCUUUAUCGGGGAGAUCCUUCAUGUAAUAUUACAUUUCUAUUUGCAAAUCCCCCUUUCAGACAUAAAGAGAAACAAAGAGCAGCCCAAAUAACCGCAACCCCGUGGAGCGCGGGGGGUAAGAGGUUAGCCCGAGUUUCCUGCGACUUCGUGCUGCAACACGUCGUUGAAGGGAAAGGUCGUGCUCUCGUGUGUUUUGUUUUAAAUAAUAUUGACCCAUUCAUUCUCAACCUGCUUGUUCGUGAAAUUAUACAGGAUUAUAACUUUGCCAUCGCCAGACAAUUGAAACAAAUCAAGAUGAAUUGCUGCUCGGCCCUCCCAUCGGCUCACACCCCGGGCGGGCGAGGAGGGGCUGCCCAGAGGGUGGGUAGCCGCAGGAUCCGGCGGGAGUAUCGAGACACGAAGAAAUUCCGCAGGCGCGUAAACAGGCGAGGGGCGCAGGGGACGGCAGGGAGGAAACUACGCGGUGAGAGCGAGCUUAAUCCUUGAGCGGCCUUUGCGCGCUCGUUGCGCGCCUUUGUGAGGUCGGGAGGAGCGGCAGAGGUAGCCCGGGGGUGGGCGGACACGGCGGAGGGGAUUCCUUCCCCGCCAGCGGUUAGACGGGAAGAGGAGCAAAGAAGAGAAAGAGAGGGGAGAGGUCAGCGCCCUGCGCUUUCCCACGAGGAAAAUGCCUCCCCCACACGAAAUCAGGGUACUCUCCCGUGGGUCCAUUUGCAGCGUGGGCAAACUCCAGCCCCCACUUUUCCCCCCUCUUUUUUUUUUUUUUUUUUAAAUUUUCUUUUAACACCUCUUAUUUUUAUUUUCUUUCUCCCCUUUUUUUCUUCCUCAUCAAAUCUUUAUUAGAUUUUUUUUGUCUCUCUUAUUUUGUUUUGAGGUUGGGGGUUUUACAAUUAUUUUAUUAUUUUACGCAUCCUUCUGUUUUCUUUUCCUCUGUAUGUACUUGCCAGGGCGUAAGUGGAGAGAAAGAACCUCGGUGCUUGGGACCGGGGGGGAGGCGAGAGGCACCCCCUCGCUUGUCCGGCCUCGUCGCCUCCCCGACCCAACUCCGCUCCCCUCGGUUUUUCCGCACCGUUGUCAACCCGGGUGAGUGCCAGGGGCUGCCAGAAAUGUCCCCUUCCUCCUUCUCCUUCUCUUCCUCACUGGGCUGCGGGCGAAAGGUCUGAGGGUGACGGCGGUAAAGGGCUGGCAACCCGGGAAAUCCCCUCGGGGACCAGGGGAGCCGGAGAAGCGAGAGAGCUUUUCUGCCCGAACCCUCUCGGCGGGACGGGCUCGGAAAUCAGCGAACGGAUCGCUGCGGGUGUCGACACGGUAUUUUACACGCUUUUUUCGGCCCUCGUUUCUUCUCGGUGGCUUUGGUUAUUUAUAGUCCUCUCUUACAAAUAUAAAUGUAUACAUAUAAAAUCUUGGUGUAUAUAUACGUAGAAUCUGUGUGUGCGUGGAGAAAUAUUAGAUAUAUAAUACACAGUAUACGCAUGUGCAUUUAGAGGAAUAAUAUAUACCCAUUCCGGACCAAAAAGAAAAAAAAAUUGGAUCAGAGUUUUUUACUCUACUGUGUAAUGGCUCAAACGAUGAAAAAUCAACGUGACCGCUCAGAGAGGACAUAAAUCACUCCUAGAGUAAUCUGAAUUUCUUUCUCCCCCUAGCUGAAGCCUUGAGGGUCAUCAUUUUUCUGCGCCACUUGACCAAAGAUAUAAUGUUUUGAUUAGGUCGUAAAUCAAAAUCUUGGGUCGUGGUAGGCGCUGUGUUUUUUUUUUUUUUUUUUUUUUUUUUUUUUUUUUUUUUUUUUUUUUUUUUUUUUUUUUUUCUGGGGGCUUUCCUUCUCCUUAUCGGCGGUGGCAGUGUGAACCUGGAACAAUGGAGGCCUCAAAGAGGGGGAGAAAAAGCCACAACGAAAUGGGGAAUUUGCAAAAUACCUAUUUGCAGAAGCGCAGCGGAGAGUGGUUAAACAAGGGGCUCACACCCCCUCGCACCCCCCUCGCCCCUCGGAAAGGCCGAUUCAGGCCGCCUGCUGCGCAACCCCCCGCGCCGGGCGUGCGAGCGGGCAGCGCCGUCUGCCUCCCAAUCCACAUCCCAAUCCACAUCCUAAUCCACAUCCCAAUCCACAGUCCCGUGGCCCUGGCAGCCCCCAGCACCCCCCGAUCGGAGCUGGGCCACGGGGCGUAGGCGGGAGCGUGCCCCUUCCCGCCGGGCCCGGGGGGUGCCCGGGCUCCCUCUCCCCGCCCCGGGGCCGUGUCCCGGCCCGGCUCCGCUCUUUUGUUUUCGGACGGUGACUUCCCGCACUUUGAACCCCGGCGGUGUGCGCGAGUCCCCGGCCGUCAGAUCGGAGCGCCUCGCCUCGCAAAGGUCAAAAUGACGCGCAGAUAUGCAUGUAUCUCCUUUUGGUUAUUGUCUGUGCUUCCCUCUCCUUGCUUUGUUUUCAGUGCGUGCGCGCCCAUCUGCGUGCACAUUCCCGAAGCAAUGAGAUACCGAUCUUUACAUACCUGUACAGUUGUUUCUACUUAUAAAAUAAAAGAACUUUUUUUUUCUUUUUUUUCUUGCACAUUCAUUAGCAUUUUUGGAGGGAAAUAACUUCCUUAACAAACAGUUGACAUCUGAGCCCGGGGAAGAGUUUGUUGCUGGGGGUUUUUUUCUUCAAUAAAGCCGCAUUUCGGGGGCAUUUUUUCUUUCAAUAAUGCUCCCUUGUGGAGCGGGGGCGACGGCGUUUGCAGGUUUGCAGCCCGCCUUCCCCCGCCCCGCGGACGGGGUUUCGGGAGCUGUGUGAGUGGCGUGGGGGGGUCUCACAUGCCGGAUUUAGGCAAGGAGGGAGGACAGGGGACCGGCUCACGGCACUGGCGCUAACACGCUUUUUCGGGACUUAUAAUUUACCUUGCUAAAUGUCUGCUUUGGUACGCGUAUUACACAUGUAGGUCUGGAUAUUAGGCACCCGAUAGAGCGUAACAGUCAAUAAUCCAGAAACUUGGAGGGAUUUACACCUUCGGAGCUCCAUACAAUGCCGGACUAAUUGAUUGCUAAAUCUGAAGUUUUUAAAAUGCGAAUCCCU